GAGCCGAGUGUGAGGGGAGUGUGAGCCGAGUGUGAGCCGAGUGUGAGGCGCCUGUGUUCAGCUGAAGUUCGCUAUGAGUAAGAUUUCGAAGAUGUUCUCGGGCUCUCGCUCCGGGAAGCAGCCGCCGCCGAGCCCUCAGGAAGCCAUCCACCGCCUGAGGCAAACCGAGGAGAUGUUAACCAAGAAACAGGAAUACCUGGAGACCAGGAUCACAAGGGAACUGGAGACGGCCCGGAGACACGGCACCAAGGACAAGAGAGUCGCCUUACAAGCACUCAAACGAAAGAAGAGAUUUGAAAAACAGCUAGAACAGAUUGACGGAACACUCUCUACUAUUGAAUUCCAGCGUGAAGCAUUAGAGAACGCAAAUACUAACACUGAAGUAUUGAAAUCUAUGGGCUUUGCUGCAAAGGCCAUAAAAGGUGCCCAUGAUAACAUGGAUAUUGAUAAAAUUGAUGAGAUGAUGCAAGACAUCACUGAACAGCACGAUAUCGCACAGGAAAUUUCUGAUGCAAUUUCCCGACCAGUUGGGUUUGGUGAGGAGUUUGACGAGGAUGAAUUGCUGGCAGAAUUAGAGGAACUGGAACAAGAGGAUCUAAAUAAGAAAAUGAUUCAUGGACUGCCAAAAGUUCCAGCCACCUCACUGCCAUCUAAAUCAGCUAAAGCUAAGAAAAAGCCAAAGGAAGAUGACGAGAUGAAGAAGUUGGAAUCAUGGAUCUAGAAAUUCCAUAAAAGAAAUGUGGAACGGUUACGAUAACGGUGCUGAAGUGGAUGUUUCACUCUUGUGUAAUUUGUCUGACAUUUUAUAUUCUUUCUAAUUAUUAGAAAGGACUCGAUUCUAUGACAUGCUAUCUGUCAUGUUCACUAAGUAUGGUUUGUAAUUUGAGCAAAUCAUUAUCUGUUUGUGUGUGUAUUAUAUAUAUAUAUAUAAUUCUCCCAGAAAUUCAAGCCAGACUAACUUUGGCAUCUAAUUUCAGAUGUCACCUUGCGCACUUUUAGAAAUGAAGCCAUUUUGGAUUCUGGGAUAUCUCCUUCCAUUGUAUAGAACCAUAGAAAUGUAUAUCACACGGUACAAGGCUGUUUGAUCCAUUUUUUCAUGACGGUGUUUGCUUUUCCAAAAAGCCGUCCACGCUAAACCCAAUUCCCUGCUCUUUUCCGGUAUCCUUUCAUUUAGCUUUGUAACCGCUUGUCCAAUUCUUUUCAAAUAAUCCAAUUGACUGCUCUAACAACCACCCCUUGCAAGUUAUUCCACGCGUAGAUUUUCCGAAACCCUCAUUCUAUUCCUCAACUUGCAAUCUUUAGUUUUCACCUUUAAAUCCUUUCAAGGGCUUGCCCCACCCGACUUGUGCAACCUCCUCAAACCCUGCUGACUCAAUUGCUUUUUUUACUCAGUUGGCUGUUUCAUAUUCCCCUGCCCUACCAAAGGGCUUCCAGCCUGUCUGCCAUCACUCUCUGGAACUCCAUCGCCAAUUCCCUCAGAUUUUUUUCUCUCCCUCAGCUUGUUCAAGAUCUUUCUAAGACCUACCUCUUUGAUUGUGCUUUUGGUCAUCUUUCCCCCUCCCAUUGGCAUUGCUUUUGGUUACUCUUCAAAGAAUUUCACUGAAACUAGUCAAAUGUGAUGUAAGUGUAUUGAACUCUAAAUUCACUUUCUAUUGAUUGUAAGAUAGUAGCUCAACCUCCAUUCUGUUUUCCCCAAGACCCAUUGACAAAAAUCAUUGUUAUUGAGAAUUGGAGUCCUGUAGCUCAGUGGUUAGAGCACUUGUCUCGCAAGCGAGAGGAUCUGGGUUCAAUUCCCGGGCAGGGCGAAACAUUGGGCAAGUUCUCUUGCUUCACAUGUCUGUUUACUGAGCAGUAAAUAGGAACCCGGUUAUUAGUCGAUUGGUGGAUUGCUUUUCUGGGGGUAAUAAUCCCUUAAAAAUAAAUAAUAACUUGGUCACUCAAUCCACGACUGUUUGUCGGACACUGCUACUUGUAAUUGGCUGCUGCAUUUUGUCUACAAAAUACAGUAUAUUCUGUGAAGCGCUUUGAGUCUUCACUAUUUCUUUUAAAAUCCAAUUUUAAGACAGCAAAGUGAUAAGGAUUAUUGAAUGAUAGUUAGAAAAUAGCCAUUAUUGUGGAUCAUUACCUAGGUCCUGUUGCAUUGAGACAUUAAAUUGCUACACAACCCAGGGCUGCUAGGGUUGACAACCAAAUAAGCUGCGUCUAUUUUAAACAUGGACCUUUCUUUCCACUCCUAUGGCUUGAGAUCAGAAGUUUUUUUACUAUAUUAUAAUAUUUGAGCAAUUGAGUUAGUUGAUAUUUAAUAAUGUCUCAAGUUCUGAUUAUUGUGACUUACUUUUGUUAAAUUGUAUAUUUGGCCAAAUUGUCUUAAGUUGGUUAGUUAUGACAAAGUUGAUUUUCUAUCUAAUUUAACAUCUGAUCUAUAUCAAUUUACUAUUUUAACAGGUGUGGUUACUGGAUUUGCUUGGUAACAUUUAUUAUCUUGGUGGCUAAUAGAAACUAUAACAAUCAUUUGCUUUAUUUUAAUGCAACCUAUAGUCAAUAUCUGUUUGAUCUGCCUGAUACUGUAGGUGUGAAUGAAGUACAAAUCUAAUUUGUAAAUAAAUAUUCUUUAUUUGUA